UCGUCCUUUCGCCCGGAUCGAGAGAGAGAGAGGAAAAAGGAAGGGGUGUCAUGUGAGAUUUUGAGAAAGAAAACAAGUUACAGAUUGCUGGUUAGGCCGCCUAGGCUGGGCUCUCUUUUGUUAAAAAUGCAUAUGACAUUUUACCUCUCCACCAAUGUUGGAAAAUUCUUGUUCGAAAAAUGGACAGUAGAAUCAGUGUCAGAAUUAUUUGGAGCUAUAGCAUUUGUAUGCGUCCUUGCUUUCAUUCUUGGAAUCUUAUCCGUUGCAGUAAGCUUUGUUCAGAGUAGAUACAAAGCUAAUCCACUGCACACCACAAGGCAGUCAAGCCAUGGUACAGACUCACCAACAGCACUGAUUGCUCCUCUCCGGAUUCCAACCAGUAUUAACAAAAUAAAACAGAAAAGGUUGCGUCUUCAUGUAGCCCGAUCUGUUCUGCAUCUUUUAAAAGUCGUCGUCGGUUAUUUCCUAAUGUUAACAAUCAUGACAUACAAUGGAUACAUUGCUAUAGCAAUUUUUGUUUCAUCUGCGUUAACAUAUUUUGCUCUUUCGCCGCUCCGUGACAAAUAUAGCCGUGGACCAUUGAAUAGCCAGGAAAGCAUCAACCACACAGGAAGCAUUAGUGGCAGUUCGCAUAGUUUCUCGCAAAGUACUCCCGGUUCAUAUCCAACUUCCAUUUGAAGUUGCACAUAGUAAUAUUAUAGGAAUGCUAUAAAAUGGUUAUUGCUAUUCAACUUCAUCAUAUUAUAAUAAACAUGUUAUAAGAAUGCUAUGGCAUGGAUAUUAUUACUGGCAAAUGCAACCUCAUACUAAUAACCAUGUCAAAGGAAAUGCUAGUAUAAAUAUAUUAAAUUCAAUAUCAACAUGGAAACGACUGAAUGUUAAAUUGGUGACAUCUACUGUAGUAGUGAAUUUAAUGAUUGAAGAUUUUGGAGUACUAGUUUUAUUUUAUUUUUAUAAAUUAUUGCUAAGUUAUAAACUUAGAUAUUAUGAUGUUAUAAACAUCUUUUUUGAGGGGGUUUUACUGUAUAAAAUAUUUUUACACAAGAAUAAAUUAGCAGGGGUUGUUUAUAUUUAUCAUACUGUAGUUCAGUAUAUUAAUUGUCAAAAGUUAUGUUCUGUUGUAGGUAUGUUGAAGUGGGCACAUACUGUACAUAGCUAGUCAUUUUAUGUUCUAUUGUUGGUUAUUCAAAGGUAGCUAGCAUUAAACAUUAUUAUAUUUGUCUAGUUAUUCAUUACAAAACUUGCUGGGAAAACCAGCAGUGUAAAUAUAAAUGAAAUAUGGUAAUCUUCCAUGGAUAUCUAGAUGUAUCCUUCACUUGUUUUCUCAUUUGCUUAUUUAUUGUUUUUUUUUUUUUUUUCGUCCUGACCCCUCUUCAAUUCGAUUGGUUGAUAUAACAGAUUCUCUCAACAUUUUACACCCGAUACCGCAAAUACUGUAGUUUUAUGUGUGUAGGUUUGUAUAAACAUGUGUAUACGUGUUUUGGUUAUGAGACAGUAGCUCAUGUAGAUACAUAAUAGCCAAUGCAGUUAAUAGAAUUGGAUUGGCCAUCUCUCACUGAUCUGGACAAAGAUAAACAACAUCAUACUGCUGUUUUAUUUCCAUGGUAUUAAAAUAAUUUCACUUCAUUGUCAUUAAAAUGAUUUUAAUGUUUUUAAAUUGUACAUUGCAGUAACAUUCAAUAACAAUGCUGCCCAUUGAUUAAAGUUUGAUGAUAUAUAUAUUUUGAAAAUUUAAUUAUUUAUAUUAUAUUUUUAUUUUAUUCAAUUUCCAGGCGACAAUACAACAGAAUACAAUACCCUGAGGGUUACCAUGAGUGCAAGCCGCUAUCAGAGCGGCUCUCCAUAUUGCAUCAUUACGUAUACUAAAACUAAACAUUAAAACUACCUCUAGGUUUGAUAUAAAAAGGAAAUGCUAAAAUUUUAUAAAUUUUAUUAAUGGGUUGUAACUAUAGAUACAAAUAUUAAGUAAAUAUGCAGUAAUAAAUAAUAUACUUUACAAUAAUCUGGACCAAAUCUCUAGUGAUAAUUACGUACUAUGUACUUGAGUACCAGUACGUAUUAAACAUGGAAUACAGUGCAUUAGAAAUGUAUAGGUUAUUAUAAACAAAUGUAUUUGUACAUCUCGUUGUUAUGAUAUGUAUAAAAGUAAUCAAUAGGGUUGUAAUGUGAGGAUCCUUAUUAAUCAUCUAGCAGGGUGAGUGGGUUUUUGUUGUGAUGAUAAAUAAUGUUAAUUUAGUUGUUGGUGCUUAAUUUUAAUCAAUACCAAGGUGUAUAUAAUACACGUUUUAAUUAGGUAGGAAAACGUACAGGUGAGGUAGUUGUGGUUGAUGAUAAAAAUUCUUUUAAUCCAAAAAUGUGACAAAAGUAUAUUAAUAUUGAAUUUAUGUAGAGCAUUUAGUUGCACUCAGCUUUCAAAUUAUAGAAUGGACUUUUAAACUCAAAUCAAGGCUUGCUCAAAAUGGAUAUGGAACUUUCUUUGGCUUGUAUUUACAGAUAGUGAAUGCGAUGCUAAAGUGCUAAUCUUUUUAUGCGAUUUUAUUGAAUAAAAUGCAUUUUAAUAAGAUGUUUUAAUUA